AACGGUCAAAUAAACUCUGCUUACCCUGUUUGUUUCGAGAGAAAAUCCAAUGCAAUGAAGCAGAUCGAUUUCGAGAGCUGCUCUUCAAACCCCCUCAAUCGAUCUAUCAAUAAUCGUUUCUAACUCUGCCCAUCGAUUUUGUCUUUGAAGUCUGUUUUUCUCUGAAAUGGUUUCAAGAAAAACUAAUAAACCCUAUCUUUCAAUGGGUAAAGAAGACCCAGAAAUCGCCGAAAACAGAGAUGCUGUAGUUGCUCCUCCCAGGAAGAGCAUUGUUGAACCAGUCAAUCAGUGCGCUUUUCUGGAUGAAAUCGAAGCUCCCAUGUGGGUAGAUCUCGAUCUAGAAGCUGCGUCUGGUUACAAAGACAAUGAUGAUAAUUGGUUCAAAAUAAGUCAUUUGUUCCAUCAAAGUUCUUCCCGACAGUUAAUUUCUGCCUUUUCUCGUGUUGGCGAGGGGAAUGCAAACAAAACAUCUUCUCCAAAGCUUCCACACUCGGUCUCAAGAUCAAGAGGCAAAAGCUACAGAAUCAAGGAUUGGGGACAGAGCAAUUGUUGUGGCAUUGCAUCAAAUAAGCAUCACCCAAUCAAGAAUUUAAUCAGUAAAUCUUCACGGUUGAAUUCCAAUGAGAAAAUAAAACCCAAACCAAGCAAUGGAAAUCGAAAAGGAAAUGCUAGAUCAAAAGUAAAUUCAGUUUGCAGCUAUCCAAAACCAUCAUCAAAUUUUGGGGAUUCAAAAACCAGUUCGAGUACUACAGCAAUUAAGGAAGUUGAGAGCAAAUCAGCAAGCACAAUUACAUCUGAAAGUGGUGAGCAACAACAUCAGAAGUUGUUGGAUGUAUCUAGUCAAACAGUUAGUCACACGAGUGGGCUUUUGUCAUCUCUAAAGGUGGUUACUCUUAGAAAAAGUUGUGUUACAAGACAAGCAUUGAGGGUUGAAAUAGUUGGUGGGAGGCAAUUAGAAGGGCGUAAAUCUUCCUCAGGAAAAUCCAGUGUGGGCUCCUCUUCACACCCCGGUUAUGAUGUUAAGAACACGACACUUUGUGCAUCACUGAACAAAGAUAUAACACCUGAUAAUAAUCGAAAUGCCAUGAAAGCGCCUCAAGCAAACUGCGACAAAGUAAAAAGGUCAAAUAUGUCCAAGGAAUCUACUGCUAAGACUCGGGAUUUGACUUUUAAAUCUGGAUGUGGAAGUAAAACCAUUGCUGCUGCAAAGUCAGCCCACCUGGAAACUGCAAAAUCAAAGGUUAACAAGGUUGUGCAUUCUAAAGCCAUGAGGCUACAUAGAGUCAAUGCACAAGAUUCUGUGACUGGUGCUACAAAAGUAAAUGACAAAGUGGGAGUCAACAAGUAUAAUAGACUCGGAAAUGGUAAAGAGAAUGUUACGAGUCAGAGAUCCAACACCGGAGCUGGAGGCACUUUUCAGCAGGUUCAGAAAGUGACAAAGCAAAAGAGUAUUGUUCCAAAGGGAAAAAUCAGUGGCCGAAGCGAAGGGAAAAGUUUGACAAAUGUAAUUCAGAAGGUGCACUUUCGGUAAGAGAGCAGAGCAGCUAUAUGGCAUACACUUAGUGAAGUUGGAGUAAAUUUUGGUUGUUAGUCUCCAACUUUAUGUGAUCUAGAGAUACAUUUUCCUCCACACUGUUUCUAUUAGAGAUAGGGUUGUGUUUAAAUUCUGAAUUUGUUGAGUUUCUUUUUCCUUCACAGUUUCACUGGCCAUAUUUCCUCUUUUUGUAUAAAGCUCAAACUAUACAUUCUCCAUUCAAAAUAAUUAGUCUAAUCAAGUACUUUGCAUAUUCCGAUUUA